AAUUACUUCUGUACCUUAAAAACAAAAUUCCGCUCAUUCCAAAUAAAAGUAAACAACCUGGCGAUAAUAACAAAUGAUAAACUAUUCAAAUUCGGAAUUGUUGACUCAGGCCAAUGCGUUUUUUGUGAGAGUGCACUGGAAACAGUGCAUCAUAUUUUCUGCACAUGCCCCAAAGUAAUUUUAUUCUGGAAAGAAGUUUCCGACUGGAUAUGUGCCACUUUACGCACCCCUUUUGUAUUUCAAGAUGAGCAUUUUCUUUUUGGUGUGAGUGAUAACCCGAUAGUUUCUUGCUUAUUACUAUGUGCUCGCUUUUGUGUAUACCGCUCUAAAGUAGCAAAGAAUGAACCGAAAUUGCACAUGUUCUUAAGUGAUGUAAACAGAAUGAAAAACGAAGAAUGGAUAAUAGCAAAAAGCAAAAAUAAGAAAGAUGUGCAUAACUUAAAAUGGAGUAACUUUUAAAAGUCAAUUAUAUACAUCGUAUUUUCUAUUUGCUGCUGUGUAUUUUCAACCAACUGUGCUGUUGCGCCUUUUUAUUAUAAUAA